UGAAAUCCGUGUCAUUUCGCUUUACUUAUUCGUGUAGUUUACUUAUUUUCUUACUCCGCAACAAACUUUUAUCAUUACAUACUCUGAAUUUUCAUAAAAUGGAAGCCAACAAAAAUUUAUCCGCUUUCAUCUUCGGUUACACGGGAGGAGUUGGUCGCGCCAUUGUAAACGCGCUCGCACUGGAACCACGAUUCCAAAAGGUGACCCUCUUCGGUCGCAGGGUGGUUGAUUUGGAGGAGAAUAAUUCAGGAGAAAAAUUUCCCGGAGACUUUACAAAAUUCAGCCAGGAUGUGGUCGACUUUGACCAACUUUCCGAAAAUUCUGCAUAUUUUGGCGAGAAAUUGAAAGGCUUCGACGUGGGGAUUUAUGCGUUGGGUGUGAAUCCGAUGAAAACGGAUGAGGCCACGUUUACCCGGACGACGAGAGGGUGGCUUCUUGCUGUGGCGAAAUUGGCGAGAAAUGGCGGCUGUAAACAUUUCCAUAGAAUGAGUGGAGAUUUGGCCAACAAAGAUUCGUGGAUGAAGUUUGGUCGUUUCGGCGCUGAAACGGAUAACCUAUUAUGUGAAAUAAAUUACCCUCGGGUAUCAAUCUAUAAGCCGGCCGCCAUUUUGACUGAACUUAACGGUGGGGGUAUGAUUGGAUCCUGGGGCGUAAUGAUGAUGCGUUUUUUGGACCGAUGGCAUUGGUGGUCAGUGGAGGGGGAAGUUUUGGCAAAAUUUGUGGUUGAAACUACUUUUAGGAAACGAAAAGAUGAAAAAAAUCGCGUCGAGGUGUUCACCAAUGCUGACAUCAACAAAUGGGGGAAGCAAGAAGGAUGAAUAAAUUUUAUGUAUUUGAAGCGUGUAAUUCGAAUUUGAUAUAAUUCUGUAAUGUGCAACUUGUGCAUGAUAAAGCAAAAUAUAAAUUAUCAUGAAACGCGUAAUUACUUGCUGUUCUGUUAAGUAAGAAAUAAAUUGAACAUGGGUGGUUUUAGCUUAAAC